AUGCUACCCUACGUUCUUCUGCCACUGCUGUUUCUUAACGGCAAAGUCCACUGUUACUCUAAUAGACCUCAAUUGCCUUCCAUCAAUAUCUUGGACAUGUCUACUUACGACGUCGGUGUGGGAUAUUUUCUCGGGAAACUUCAGAUCUGUCAUCAAGAUUUAGCCAAGAUGAUCUUGAAACUAAUGUCGAUGAUAAAGGAGAUCAACAAGAAGUUGCGAUGCGUACAUGGACGUAGAACGGUGGUCACGGCGGCGAUAAUCUCUCUGGUGAUUGCUCUAGUGACGGUGAGCAAAAUCGCCGCGGUAAUAUUCGGAUAUCUGCCAGUUGAGGCGGUGACGACGUUCGUGGCUUCGAAAUGGAAGAAGUCGACGGCGACUCUGAAACAAAAGAAAACAAAAGAAGACGGUGGUGUCGUCAAUGGAGAGAGCGACGAUGGUGGCUCUCAAGGAAGUGGAGAAGAUCAAUCCGUCAUUGAAAAAUGGUCGUCAGUGGCUGUAGCUAUGGGAAGGACAAAGAAGGAAGAAAAGAGGUUGAAGUCAACACUCUCUGACCUGGAUAGAGAGACGGAAAGGUGUCAUGGGUUUGUGCAGUUUGGACGUACGUUGGUUAAUGAUAAGAUCUUUGAGUUUCUGUCUUGUGGCGGGAAAAGCUCCAACUCCAAGUAG